CGAUUUAUUCAGCAAGCGAGAUUAUGCAACGUCCACUAUUCGAUGAUCGAUAAACGCCUUGUGCUAUUAUCACAUUCUUCCCAUGCUCUGACUCCAGAACUGGCAUCCCGUUUGCAGGUCUUGGUGCUCCCUCAGCCUUUAAAAUGGAGACUGAGUUCCGAAUUUCAUUCCUACACCCUUCUCCGCUUCCAAAAUCUGAUAUUAGCGUGCACAAAUGACCAUUUCAGCGACCCAGUGGGGUUCCCCCACCGCUACCAGACGGGCUUUGCUCAUUCAUGGCAUUACUAUGACAUCGAAUUCCUGGGAGGGUCUCGCUCAGCUAUUGGUGGCAGAAGCACCGAAUCUCCUUGCCCAUGCAUGGAGGCAGGGCAAUACCGACUACCGUAUAUCCGCCUUUGCAGAGGACCUCCGACCAUAUUUCGUCAUGGACACAUCCUACGACGUAAUUAUUGGUCAUUCUUUUGGCGGUGCAGUGACAGUAUCUCUCUUGCCAUUUUUACCCAAGAAGAAAGAAACCACCGUUAUACUCCUCGAUCCUGGCCUUGAGUUUACAGAGGAACAGAACAAGAUGAACUUAAAUCUGUUUCUAAAGGAAACGGCGAAUAUCAAGCCCGUCAACGUGCACAUGGCUAAAAAUCCUGCUUGGUCACACCGUGACUGCAUGUUAAGAACGCUGGGAUUCUCCAUGUGCGAUCGCACGGCUGUCGAAGUUUUUCGGGUAAUUUUACAACUGUCAGAAUUCCAUGGUUUUAGUGGCCUGCUCAAAAAAAUCCCCCUUCACCUGAAGAUCACCGUACUUGUGUCAGACCCAAAGUUCGGCGUUGGUAUUUGUAAUUUGGAACACAUCCCUCGUGACGUGGAGAGAUUGAAUGUUAGAGCUCUUACCGGUAUCGGUCACUGGAUUCAAUAUGAGUGUCCAGAUGCUAUCAUGGAUGCAAUUCCGCUACCAAGGGCAAAACUAUGA